GGAAAGGGAAAUAUCCAAUUUACAGAUCUGAAGGUGUAUAGCAAUUUAUCUAAACGUUAGCAUUUCGUAACUUUUGACAAAAGCAUACCUUGGUAACAUAGAAUGAUAACGGCAACGAUAGGAGGAGAGCAAUAGCGGUAUUGUAUACCUAAGCAGAACUACGGGGAUAAUUAUAUACAAUACAUGCCCUAUAUACGGCCGCUCCUACAAGCUCUAGGGUCAUAUCUUAAGUAGACCUAAUGUCUGCAUCCAACGUUGGCGGUUUCUUUUACGAAACCACUGCGACGCCGGCUAAACCACCGGCGUUGCGGCCCGGCCAGACUAUCCAAGAGGUAGCAUCGGCAUAUUUAGAUUCGUUUAGGAAAAAAAUACCUGAUGGAUAUUUCUGGGACUGGCAGCCUUUUUUCGAGGCGCUGGUCGAAGGGAACAUCGCCGCUCAUGGCGUCAGCGUUGUAUUCCCGCCCGACGAUGCCGAUCAAAUGGGCUCUCCAGCUGAGGCAGACCGGUGGCGCGACAGCCACAUAGCUGUUAGGGGAAAGGUUCCCAAGCCGCCUGGCAGUGGGUCGUGGAAUUACACGUGGUAUAUUCCCGAGUGGUCUCAUCCUGAUUUUGACCCGAGCUACACGGUAUCGUAUGUGAAAGGAUUCCGUAUGUCGGGUUCUAGAGAUCCGGUUGUUAGGCUGCAUCCGGCGCUACGGCCCCAAGACCAAAUUCAUCGGCCGACGGAGUGGGCGAAACGCUUCGGUAUCUAUCCGGGAGAGUUCGGGGGUCGAAGUCGUCUCAGUCCGACGCUAUCUGCGACUCGGGAUCCGUGGGAGGACUACGCGAACCAGGUCAAUCUGCUCCCGGAGGAAGCAAGAAGGAAACUCGCCCAGGAGACGAAAGACGCGGCGAUAAAGGCGGGGAAAUCCCUCCCCCCCGAAGGAUAUAUCGACAAGGCUGCGUUGGAGAAUCUGAUGAAUACCGAAGAGAGGAUGACGGGACAGCAACUACGGGUAAAGAUGGCGUCGUACCUAACUAACGACCAUGUUCCCCUUAACCUGCAAGUCGAGCCUCCCACCACCUUGGAAGAGUUCGUAGACGACCUUCGAAAGAACUAUCCGCAAAUAUUAACCGCUCACAAGACGUAUUUCCAGAAGGCCUUGGAUGAUCAAGAUUAUCAACGGAUUGUGUUCCAUGAUAUGACAUCCGACGAGAUGGUAUACAACAAUAUUUAUACGCAGUCUGAUGAUGCGAUUUGUGACCUUGAAGGCCCGGUUCAUGCGUGGAGAGAUAGUUCGUCAAAGGGGGCUGAUAGAUUCGAUCCUCGAUUCUUAUAUAACCUCAAUGGUGUAAGAGAGGAAUGGGAUAUGAGAACAAACGAUACCCUAUGGGCUGCGAUGCAACCCGCACUACUGCUUUUAUCGAAAAUGCUUCUGAGCGGUCAUCCCGGUAUACAGGCCUUGAUGGACUUGCGGACGCGGUACAAGAUUCCGGACCACCUAGUUGCAGAUCGGGAUAACCCCAGGACGCCUAAUCUCGUCGGAUACAGGCCCGUAGAGGAGAUGGUCUUAGACCUAAAGAACUCGUGGCCGGAGAUGAUUGCGCUGAAUAACAUGGGAUACGAUUUUAUCGAAAACACGUGGAGGGUUCUCUUCUAUUGCCUACGCUUUGAAAUCAGUUGCGCGUGGUUUGAACCCACCGAGUCAGAUGAUGCGGAUGCUAUUGAUGGCGUCAAAGAGACGAAGACCUUGGUAUACGGGGUAACUCAGGCGAGUGGCAGCGGCCGGGAUACGGUCAUAAGUAUUUGGAUAGCAGCUGAGUUGAUAUGGCCGUUGCUGGUACCCCAAUAUAGCCAAAGCGAGAAGCUUACGGCGUCAUUCCUAGUUGCCUCGACUUUGAUGCAUGAGUUCGCUCACGCAGUCAAUUGUGCCCAAUGCAUUCUGACGAGCGACCUAUUCUUUUCACGAUUUCCAGGCCAACCUCCGGAGACUGCGUUCCUCCUUAGACAACUGGCGAAUGUUCUUUGGGACGUGGACGUAGAGGACGGAGAUCCUUUUUGGGAUGGUUUAGGUGUUGCUGAGUUAGGCUUCGAUCUCGAGAGGUCGGUUUGGGGGUUCCUCACCAACGUCAUGUUAAGUGGCUCAUUCAUAAGGCCUUCCAGGCAGAUAGCCAGUAUGCCGUUGGUAGCUGAAGCAAAUCCGUAUCCCGUUGCUAGAAACCCCCCUCCGCCUGGAGCUAUACGCGUAGGACCCAUCAAAAAUGCCGACUUUCCCACCGAGAAUUAUUGUCAUCCCAUUCCCAUCGACUAUAUGGCUCAGUUCUUCAGGGAGUCCUUCUGGACCGAUGUCUACCCGACAUGGGGUCCCGAAGCCAUGAAGCUGAGCCCCAAGGAUCGCCUCCUGAAGACUACAAUGUCAACUUCUUGGGUACACGCACCCAUGGGCGAGAAGUACUAUGGUAAAGCGGAAUGGUGGUUUCUGUCCUUCGUAUACCGGACGCUAGUGAAAAACGACUAUCACAUACUAGGAGAGUAUCUGAGACGACAGGCGUGGCACUUGAUAAUGCCUUCGAUAUUAUCGCUCCGUUGGGAAUAUGAUUGUCAACAAUGGGAUAUCGAAAUUAUCAUGCCCCUAAAUUCUCAUAUCAUGACAUUGAACAACGAAAUAGAAAAGGGACAAGAGAUAUCUCGGGUUUGCGGGUUAGACUACGAUAACCUAUUCGAAACGUAUGUUACUCAACACAACCGUAACAUUCUCAGUGGUGCAAAUCCCACCUUGAUGUCCUUCGUGCAAUGGUCCCAAAUGUACGAGCAGAAUCGGGAAGAAUAUUUCGCUGUAGGCGGGAUUAUUAUGCGGGAACUAUCAGCAACAUACAGAGCUUUUAUGAAGGAUCUCGCAUACCUACAGCGUGUCAUGGUAGACUUCCUCAGCCUGGAGUUCAAUGCCCGAGCUCAUAUUUAUACAAACAAUGGCGCUGCGGAUAAAGGUCCCCUCGGGGUCAUGUAUAGACACAUACAAGAGGCGUUUGAAUGGUCGCAACACUUUGUAGGGAUAUUAAACAUGUAUUCCAAUUCAGCGACAACUGAACAUCUCCAGCACGAAUGGGUUUUAUGGGAAACACGUUACCGAUCCUGUUAUAUGGCCUAUACGGACCUCAUGGAGAUGCUGGGUGAUCCGAACCGGUGGGACCCGGAAGACAUCAGCUGGAAAAGACGUUUUACAACGGUACCGUCCUCCUACUGGAAAAACCGCAUGGAUCGAUUAGGUGUUCUUGCGCAUAGACAGUACGUCAAGCUGGACCCGCGGAUCCGUCAUGUUUUCGAUGAAUGCGAAGCAAUCAUGGAACGCUCACAAGGAUCGGGCAGUCUCCCUAUUCCGUUCCAGGACUUCCAAGGAUCUGUUAACAGUAUAGACCGAGUAAUAAGGAAUGUGAAGAGCCUAGGUCAACCUCCGCCUGCAGAUAGAGUGUAUAACUGGACCGCCCCCGGCCCAGUACGGAAACUUAAGGAGGACCAGCCCCGGGCUUUCUCGCCAGACGUGCAGCCGAGCCCCACCGAGACCGAGUUACCCAAGCUAGAUGUUACUCCCUCAGGCAAGGAAGAAAUAAAAGACACAUUUGGUGUACCGCGCGACCCUACAAAACUAGGAACACGUGCGCCUCGACGGCUUAAUAUACCGGACUCGGGUCCAAGCGGUGGAAACUUAGGUGGUUCCACGUCCGCACCGACAUCACGGGGCGGUGCUCUAGGAGGUGGACUCAACAGAAACCGGCGUCAGUCGCAUAAGGGCUUCGCACGUUGGAACAAGGAUCGGGACGGCGCACAAUUCAUCCUAUCCGCGCAGAAGAUGAAUAGCUUAGACAGUCUCCAGCAGAUAGGAGUGCCGAGUUCAAUCAUCGAGGAGGUAGUUAGGCCAAGCCCCUUCGGAACAGGAGGGCGUUUUCAGACCGGGACGGGAGAUACCAUCUUCACGCCACAACCUAUUGGGGCUAGAGCCGGGAAGCAGCCGACUCUAUUCCCCAAUGCGUUCGCAAAUCCUUUGAUCACGACAGAUGAAUCUAUUUCACAUGACUCGGAGCACCUCUUCCAGGAGGCGCAGCGGUGGGAGGACCGUAGGGGACAACAAUACCAGACAACGGAUAUCUGGCGGGACGCGCGAGCUACGGGCUUCGAUAAUACUGGAGGUCACAGUCCGGGCUCGUCCCCCGGAUCCCCGAGCGCAUUCCCGUCCCCUGCUCCUAGCAUUUAGUCUAAACACCAC